AUGGUGUCACUUAGUUUCAAUAUUCAGCUUGUACUUGUAAUUGCUUUGCUCCUUCUACAGCAAAUACAACACACUUCAGCUAAUGCUCUGUUUGGAAAGCUAAGGAAGAAAGAGUGGCUAAAAUUUACCUCUAUGCAAAAUGAUCAUGAUUCUCAUGUAGAUGGUAUCAUUGCAUCUGGUGGAGGAAUUAGAAAAAUGCUAGUGUAUAAAUUUUCAGUGAAAGGAGAUGCUGGAUUUGAUUCAAUGAAAACCUCUCACAUGAAUGCUCAGGUUCUCUUUUCCCACUUUCAAAAGAAUCAUGAGAGAGGUAAGAAAGAAGAAUCAAAGGAGUUUGUUGAUGUAGAAGAUGAAAUAGCAAAGCUUCUGACCAAAGACUAUAUUGGAAGAAGCAAGCCUCGCCGCAGCAAACCACCCAUCAAUAAUCACAAGCCUACGGACUAAU